AAUCUCCCACUACCUUUUUUUUUCCUUCUUCUCUUUCAUUCACUCUCGUUCAUUCUAUUCCUUUGUUCUCUCCUCAAACAAAUUGAUUAUUGCUUCUAGGAGCGAGGAACAACAACCACCGCUCUUUGAAUCGAAAUUUCAUCAUGGGUUUUAUUCUCUUCUGAGGAAAAAAGUGACAAAAUUUCUGAAUGAUUCUAUUGUAAAUAGGAUAAGGAAGAAGAAGAAGAAGAAGAAUGGGAAAGUCUUUCAAGGAUUCACUCAAAGCACUUGAAGCUGACAUACACUUUGCAAAUACUCUAGCUUCUGAUUAUCCGAGAGAAUAUGAUGGCGCCACCUUACAAAUGAGAUUGUCUUUUAGCCCCGCUGCCCAGUUUUUCCUUUUCUUAGUCCAGUGGACCGAUUGUCAGCUCGCCGGGGCUUUAGGAUUGCUAAGAAUUCUCAUAUACAAGACAUACGAAGAUGGAAAGACAACCAUGUCCAUUUAUGAAAGAAAAGCCAGUUUGAAGGAGUUCUAUGGGGUGAUAUUUCCUUCUUUAUUACAACUUCAGAGAGGAAUCACUGAUGUAGAAGACAGGAAACAAAAAGAUAUAUGCGCUACGAAGUAUAGGCUGAGAGAUUCGGCAGGAAAAGGAAAAUUAUCCGAGAUUGAUAUCGAGAGAGAGGAAGAAUGUGGUAUUUGCUUGGAAGUAAACAGCAUGGUUGUGUUGCCGAAUUGCUACCAUUCGAUGUGUAUGAAAUGCUACCGAGACUGGCACGCGCGAUCGGCAUCUUGCCCUUUCUGCCGGGAUAGCCUUAAAAGAGUGAACUCCGGCGACCUUUGGAUAUAUAUGAGCAACAAGGAAAUAGAUGACUUGGCUUCAAUCAACAAGGAGAACUUAAAGAGGCUGUUUAUGUACAUUGAUAAGUUACCUCUAGUUGUGCCAGCUCCUAUGUUCAUGACUUAUCCUCCACAUCGUUUCUGAUUGAAAUCCAUUUCAUAGUUUCAGAUUUUGAUUAGUAAUAUUUUUGGCUGUGAUGGAAUUUUCCAAACUGUAAAUACAUGCUUACCUUCGUAUAGUUAAAUAACAUUUUCACUCCAUUCAAAUUAUGAGCAGUGUAGGUCGAAAAGUCCUCUUAGAUUCAUUUAUGUUGAGAUAUGUGUAUUUGUAUAUCCCUAGGAACUGCAGAUGAAGUUCACUUCUUACACACAAUUCAAAGUUAUUGUAGAUAUUGAUCA